GGCUCAAGCACGGAGCUCCAAUGAAUCCAGAGGCUCUCCGUUGAUCCAACCAACAACAGCUUCCCUCUUCAUCGUCAUCGCUCCUCCUCCUCCUCCUUCAUCUCCCCAUCUUCAUCCCCUUGCUUAUCCCGCAACAAUCCCUCCCACUCUCUUCUGACAUACCCUUCAUCCUCCCCUCUCAAUCCUAUCUCCACCGGUGACAGCUCGUCUCGCGUUCCUUCUGUCUCCGCCAUGCCUGCCACCACGGCGGACGCCCUCUCCCUCGUUCAGCGCACCGUCACGGUCGCUCCUCUAGUCCUUCUCUCCGUCGCAGAUCACUACGGCCGCUCGGCCAAGGGUACCCGGAAACGUGUGGUUGGUGUGCUGCUGGGUGAGAACUCGGGUCAGAAUGUCCGGGUAUCGAACAGCUUUGCGGUGCCCUUCGAGGAAGAUGAGAAGGAUCCCUCUGUUUGGUUCCUAGAUCACAACUUUGUCGAGUCGAUGAGGGACAUGUUCAAGAAGAUCAAUGCUCGUGAGAAGCUGGUUGGGUGGUAUCACUCGGGCCCGAAGCUGCGGGCCUCGGAUUUGGAAAUCAACGAACUCUUCAAGCGCUACACACCGAACCCUCUGCUGGUGAUUGUGGAUGUCCAACCGAAGGAGGUUGGCGUUCCUACGGAUGCUUACUUUGCCGUGGAUGAGAUCAAGGAUGAUGGUACUACAACAUCAAAGACCUUCGUCCACACCCCCUCUAUAAUCGAAGCCGAGGAAGCAGAGGAAAUCGGAGUGGAGCACCUUCUCCGGGAUAUCAGGGAUGUCGCUGUCGGAACCCUCUCUACCCGCAUAACGUCGCAGCUUCAGUCGCUGCAGGGCCUGCACCUGCGUUUGCGCGACAUCGGCCAAUACCUGCAGAAGGUUCUUGACCACGAACUCCCCGUCAACCACGCCAUUCUGGGCAAUCUCCAGGACGUCUUCAACCUCCUCCCCAACCUUACCACACCAGCCGCCACGCCGCGUAUCAGUGGCGCCCCCGAACAGCCGUCGGAGAACAGCGAACUCGCACGGGCCAUGAGCAUCAAGACCAACGAUCAAUUAAUGGCGAUCUACUUGAGUAGCUUGAUCCGCGCCAUCACCGCAUUCCACGACUUGAUCGAGAACAAGAUCCAGAACCGGCAGCAACAAGAAGAGAAUGAGCUGAAGAGGGAGCAAGAGGCCAACGCGGCCAAGACUGAGAAGGAGGCCGCGAAGAAGGCCAACAGCACCGCCAAUGGAGAGCAGAAGGAGGGUCAAGACAAGGAGAAGGCCAAGAAGAGCCAGAAGGAGUAGACGGGUCAGGGACUCUAUGCGAUACGAUCAUCUAGAACAAUGCAGUCCAUCGAAUGUAUAUUACGGUAAUCUCUACGCGGCUGAUUGCGACUGGCCAG